GGCGCGAAUGUCGAUUGUCGCGAUCUGUCAGACUGCACGUAGCGACGCGAACGCGAUCUUCGAGCGGCGCCCGCGUGAUAACCUGAUCGCAAUCGCGCGUUGGUUCUUCCUUCGACGUCGAAUUGCUUUUUUUUUUUUACGAAAACUGCUGGUUUUUGCGGAUCUCGCGCGUCGAUUGGUUUCGCGAGCGUCACGCGAGAAUCGCGAGGAUGGAACGAAACUUGGUGAAAACAUUGGAUGACACGUAUGAUAAGGAAGGCGUCGUUGGCUGCGUCUUGGCUGAUCACGCCGGUCUCUGCCUAGGAGUCAAGGGCGAUGCAUCGAGCGACAGUGCUGGGUUGAUAGCGGCCAUAGCGGAUCUAGUUGCUAAACUGGAGCCGAAAUCUGGAUCGCCAAUUAUAUCGCUUCAAAAUGAUAAUAGGCAGUGCAUUAUACUUCGUAAGGAACCCGUAGUCGGUGCUAUAUACAAAGACAUGUCGACUUGAAAUAAUCGCUAUUGCAUAUAUGGCUGAAACUUAUUUAUAUCCGAAAUAAGAUGUCUUUUUUACAAAAAUAUUUUAUUAUUUAGAUAUUAAGUAUACGCGAAUGGUUAAUAAGAGGAGACUUAAUAUGUCUGAGAAUCUUAUCUAAGAUUCUCAUCGUUUAGAGAUUUAUAAUAAAUUUCAACUAGCUGUAGAAAAAAAUAACUGUUUAUAUAUGAUCUUUUAGCAUUUUACAAGAUCUUGCAAUGAAUCUGUAGUUGAUUUAUACACAAAUCAUAAAUAAAAUAAUUUAAAGUA